AUGUUGCUGAACUGUCUUCUCCUAGUUUUCCUCCACACUAAUCAUUUAGCGAACGCGUUUGAUUUGGACGCCGCUAACGCUGACCCAAUGGUGGAAUGGAACUUAAUGGAAAAUUUCACUUUUGCCAAUGAUGAUUCUGAAAGUGUUGAGUUUAUCCCACGGUCCAAAGGCGAUUCAACGCGUCCUCUUCUAAAGCUACCAGCGUCUGUGCGAAUAUCAGCACAGCAGCUCCACAAAGAGCUUUUCAUUCCAGGAAGAGGGGGUAUCCCGGUGCCUCCGCAGGUCAGGGAGAUGCUUCUCCCUAAAAUAACAAAGCCUGCUUUUUCAGGUGUAACCGGGCGGAGGAAGCCGAUAGAGCUGUUGUGUCAUCUGGACCGCAUUUACGUGAGAGUCCUGAAAAGUUUGUUCUCCAGCCACAGCGCGCAUAAACACUUGAGGCUGGGCACAUGUCCUGUCAAUAAACAGACGAGAACUCACUAUUAUUUUUUGUACAAUCUGAAAAGAUGUGGAUUGAAGCGAGGGGAAGAUGAAAAUCGUAUCACUUACUCGAAUACUCUACGCUUUAGACCUGUGGUCACCGGUGUGAUUGUGAGGGAACUGCCUUUUACUGUGCCUGUUCGAUGUAGUUACGCCAAGUUCCAUCGCUCUUAUCAGACUGGGUUCUUGCCCAUUAUUACAGGAGGAACAUUUUUCAGGAGUUUACAAAGACAAGGAGCAGAGACCACACUUUCUGUGAUGGAUGAUUCUUGGAACUUGCUUGGGGUUGAACCAAGCUUUGAGCUUGGCAAACCCGUGUGCUUUGAAGCCAAUGGCCCAAAUAUGGAUGCGAGCCAACGAUUAUACCUGAACCGUUGCUUUGUCAGUUCCUCUCCAAACUUUCAGGCAACAGAAAAAUAUUCUGUCAUAGAAAAUUAUGGAUGUCUUAUGGACAGCAUGAACAGCGCUCUGACAAAGUUCUACACCACUGAUAACAACCUGACCGUGAGAUUUUGUAUUGGAGCUUUUCUGUUUAAAACAAGGGUUCCCAAGACAAACUCUAAAAUGCCCCUGUAUAUGCAUUGUGAGAUGGACAUAGGACCAGAGACUCCUACGCCUGAAACCAAAUCGUGUACAUAUGACGCAAAAAGCAAGACGUGGACUGAGCUUUAUGGUGAUUCUUCUGUUUGUGACUGCUGUGAAUCUACAUGUUCUGCUGAUCCAGAGCCAUCUGAUAAGACAAUGAUCAGCAGUAAGUCCUGGGACAUGAAGAUAAAAAAGGAAGUCUCAUUGCCAGAGGAGUCCAUACCGGAGUUCGUUUUACCUUGCCAUGAUGACACCGAGUCAUUCUGGGAAUCGCAAGAUUCUUAGAGGACAUCUUUUAUAGAUGGCAUAUGUUUUAAGUUGGACCGUAACAAUGCCAUGCUUUGAUCCAAGUGGUUAUUUCAUAUUAAGUAA